AUGUAUCUUCUUAGCGCCAACAAAGAUGCUUGCAUCCAUGAGCUUGGUAGAUGGGAGAACGGCGAGUGGAUUUGGGAGUUGAGCUGGAGACGUGAGCUGUUCGAGAGGGAAAAGGUUGGUGCUAAUGAUCUGCUUUCUUCUAUUGCUGUGACUAAUUUAACUGCAGAUUCUGCCGAUGGAUGGUGCUGGAAUGCAGAAAAUGAAGGCACCUACUCAACAAGAUCGGCUUAUACGAUCAAUAAAGAGAUCAGCAAAGACACGACACCAGCAGACGAGAGCUUCAUCACAUCAGCAAAAGUUUGGAAAAUCCCGAUCCCUCAUAAGGUGCGAAUUACAGCAUGGAGGAUCUUGAGAAACAGACUCCCUACCUGCGCCAACCUGAGAAGAAGACACAUUGAGAUUAAUGAAGUGGAGCUUGGAUGCAACAUGUGUUUCCAUCAUGAAGAGUCGGUCAAUCACUUAUUCCUCCACUGUCCAAAGACAGGAAAGGUUUGGGAAGAUAUCCAUAAAUGGCUUGGUAUCAGCUUCGUGAGACCACAAAACGUCGCAGCGCACUUCUCCCAAUUCAUAGAAUGGUACAAAAGGAAAGAAAGCAGGAAGUUUCUUGGGACAGUUUGGAGUUGCACAAACUGGGUUCUUUGGAGAUGCCGCAACUUUUGCCAUUUCGAUGGAAAAGCUUGGGAGACUAAUGAUAUCUUUCUGGAAAUUAAAGGGAGAAUCUGGAGCUGA